CCACUGAAGUAGAUGUAAGAUGAAAAUAAAAACACCACAAAAACUUUUCGCUACUAAAGAAAAAUGCCACUAGGGCACCUCAUUAUGUUAGGUUUGACGUUAGAAGAACACAACAACCUAGUAAAACGUGGGACCCCUUGAAUUACAUCACACAUUGCUGCCUUGAAUUACAUCAAAAUGUCCUACGUUCAUUCUCUUGAGCUAUUUUCAGUUUUGGCAUUGUCACUUCCACUUUUUAAGCAAAAAUACAUGCUAAAACCUAAGAACACAUACAUUUAAAAGCAUCCAAAACGCUGAAAGAGUUGGAAAGCCUAAAUUUCCGUAUAAAAUUUUCAAAUUAAAAGCAGAUAAACUUCAUCAUUGAUUACUUCCAACAGAUAAUACCAAACUUUAGCUCGUUUUUGGCUUGAACAAAUGUCAGUUUUUUUUUGUCCUUCGGUCUGUUAGUUACUUAUUUACUAAUAACUUGAGAGUUCUGCUGUUUCAACCCAAAACAAUAUUUGACUGUAGGAUAAACAAUUCAAAGUAACCGAGAAAGAACUGCUUCCCAGCACAUCAGCAUCACCAGGACAAAGACAAGCUUCUGCUAUGUCACUUUCAAACGAUAAUCUACAGGAGUCAGACGACGAAGACAUAGAGGAGGGCUUUUCUGCCAAACAACUGUUUUCCUUUGCUUGGCAAAUAGCUAAAGGAAUGGUAAUUUGAUCGUAUUUUCUAUAUAAUGUUGCUUUGAUUUUGAUUCUGAGUAUAACAAGGCACAGGAAAUUCAAAAGUCAAUAUUGUAUAAGCAUGAACUAGAUGGGAUAAUUAAAUUGAUUGUUUUUCUAGAUAUGAGUACAGUUUUAUUUUUUCAUUUAAAUGGGUUAGAUGAAAAAAUUUUCUAAGUCGAUCGGUCGACCCAGUUUCGUUACGCAUCUGGACGUAAAAAUCUGGAUCAGAUCAGUGCUUCAUUUGUCUCGUAGUAUUUUUUAACUUCAACUAACCGCUUAGUGUUCGGGGUACUCCCGUUAACUGAUUAUGGUUUGAGAUAAUUUUAAUGGUGUUUUUCGUUUCCUAAUUUUUAUUAGAAUCAUCUCGUAGAAAACAAUCUUGUUCACAGAGACCUUGCUGCCCGUAAUGUUCUUGUUGGCCAUGACAACCAGAUUAAAGUGUCAGACUUUGGGUUGAUGAAACAAAUUUAUGAAGAUGUUUGCAGCUCAGAGAAGUCUAAAAAACUUCCUGUGAAAUGGAUGGCCCCAGAAUCACUUUACCAAGGCGUAUACACGACCAAAAGUGACGUGUGAGUUAGCGAUUCCCUCUCCCUUGAUAAGGAAAUAACGCCUGAUUGAAACGUUUCUACUACUGUAAUCUCUUCUUUAGCCUGCGAAAACAUCCGUUUCUCCUCGCUCUUCGCCACUCAGGACUUUUCGCGAGGAGGAACGUCUGCGUUUCAGCGACAGAAAUUCCAUACCGAUGACGUAAAAUCUGUCCGGAAUCCGGUGGGAGGGGCUGAUUGGUAGACGGAGUAGACAAAAGACAAAAGGCCACAAAGGUCAGAUGUAAACGCGAAGAAUCUCUAACAAAACAUGAGUCAACAUUUGUGGAAUAUAGUGUUCUCUAGAAGAAGCAUUUGAGUUUUGCUGCGCCUCGUUGGCAGAUGAACACAACAGUUUACCAGAAUCGACCAGAAGACAAGUAAAAUUGUACAAAUUCAUAUUUGGAACCCCAUGACUACCGGAUUUAUUACGAAAAAAAAUAGUUUGCGUAAUCAGUAUGGAAUUUCUGCCCCUGAGUCGCAGACGUUCCUCCGUGCGAAACGUCCCCAGCGGCGAAGAGCAAGGAGAAACGGAUGUUUUCGCAGGCUAUCAAUUCUCAAAAACGUAGUUGCCGUAAAAUAGAGAGCUUUAGAUUUGAGAACGAGUACGACUGCGAGUACGAGAUUUUCUCAGUACUAAGUAGUGCGCGCGCGUGAACCAGAGUCAUUUUGGCGGGAAAACGUGAUAGUCGUCUUCAUUCUACUACGAGUUUUAGAGAGAAUGUCGUGUUAGCGGACACAGUUGCAGCACGGAGAUAAUUCAGUUAAUUCAUUCUUAGCCUAAACUCCCCUUUUUUGUUUAUAACAAUGCUGGGGUUAAAAGGCGUCCAAUCAAAAGCCCAUUUUUUUUUGCCCAAAUAUGGAAUCAGAGAAUUGAAAGAAUCCGUGUCUAAAAAUAGCUAAAAAGAGGAAGAUUCUUCCAAUCCUUUACAAUUCUCCAGUUACAUGCAAAACUCAAAAUUACACGCUGAGCGUUUCAGAUUUGCUAUAUGAUAAUCACCAGACAAAAAAAAUUACAUCUACAGGCAGUGGAGCCGACAAGUAAUAAUUUUCUUUGCUAAGACUUUCCGACUGCUAAGACUGUCGCGCGAAUGCUUAGGAAAAAUUUGUAUUGCGAUGUAAACGGUGCGCUACGAAGACCAAUUACAGUUUCACUAGUUUUACGAAGUAAAAUUCGACCAAAAUCGGAAUAUUAUUCCCAGAAUGGCCAGGAUUGACUUCCCUCUGACAAGACAACGUCGGCUACUUAUAGGAAGCAUCUUAGGUAAAUUUUGUUUGGUUCACCAAAAAAAGACCCUGAAAUCCUCAUCAGUAACUUUAACGCCUGGGCCAUUACAGAUUUGACUUUGGUAUAGGUAGGCGACCAUCUGUUACUAGGUUAAAACCAAACCUGUGAAACUGAUUCUUGUGGUUUCUUCGUACUUAGCCCAAAAGUGUCUGUCAGUGAUGGAAUUUCAGCCCGGCGCCGUUGGAAUUUAAUUCAAAGCAUAUUAAAUCAUCACUUAGAAGUUAUUCUCUUUCAUCUGGGAAAUUAGUUGCUGGUAGAUGUUAACGAUCUACUUGAGAUUGUGGGUCUAUCAAUUCUAGCGUUCCCUUUUCCCUUCUGUUCCCGUUGCUUUGACAAAGGAGUGUAGUUUGGUUACCUAAGUUUGCUCCCCUUGUUUGUCUAAAACCUGAGGGAAAACCUUUUUGGGGCGAAUGCAGGUAGAUUAUUCAUUGCCUUUUCGUUUUCUCGACACAAAAUUCUAAAACACGACAAUGGAGGUCAUACCUGGUAUUAUUUAAUUCAAUGAAACGCGAUGCACGAAAGGCUUGGCACUCGCAUUUUUUCGUUCGUCCAUCAAAUAAAAGAAAAAAAGAUAAAGACGGCAAUAAACAAUUUAAAUGCGGUGAAUCUGUACAUUGUUAUAACCCCUUUGUGCUUUUUUUGAUAGUUGGUCUUUUGGUGUUGUUCUUUGGGAGAUGGCUACAUUGGGUAAGCGGAUCAUUUUACGGUUCAUACUUAUCAUUUUAAACUUAAAGUUAAUUGACAAAAGGACAAAAAUUUUCCAUGGUAUGUAACUCUUAUACUAUAAAAAUGACAAUUAGAAACUCAGGUGGAGCCAUGCACGACCUGCUGGAGAAAGACGUCACUGCAAAGUUUGACCGUUAUAUAUUUUGACGUCAUUCUAGGGUCGAUAAGAGAACAUUAUCAUAGACAAUGAAUAUUGUCGAUUUGUUUGUUUGUCUUUUCUUGCAAUAAAAUUGACAGUUCAUUUUGGGUUUCGUUUCCGAUGAUUUUAAAUAAAUUUCGCCAUCCGUCACAUUGUCGACCAAGCAGCGCCGUUUGAAAAAUUGUUUUGACUGCUAUCGUAAAAUUUUGUCAAACAUUAACGCAUCCAAGGAACCCUGUUCCCCUUUUUUGCCAUGGUGGGAUGUGACUUAACUUGUAUGAUUGUUAUUAAGGUUAUUGCUACCAGGAAACAAGCUGGUUUUUCUUUAGCGUAAUGUUUCAUUUGCGGCAAGCUGGACUUUUUGUUUUGUCUGAUCUGAGCUCUGUUAAUUUUAAGUGCUGUAAGACCUCUCCUCAGGAUGAAAACUAUAUGUGAAAAUGGAUUGUAUUUGCGAGCAUUGAAAGUUACGGGGAAAAAAAAAGCCAUAUUAUUAAGCACCUGCUUUCUUUUUAACACAUUUGAGUGCAUUGGCCAUCAGACCACCAUUCAAAGAACAUUUUUUUGCAAAAUGUCAUUAUUGAAUAUGGGGAUAAUAGCAUCUUGAAUAUAAGUUAUUCAAUAAUAUCUUACUGAUCAGUUGCCGAUAUGUAAUUAUUAUAUUUUUCUUUCUCGCAAUCGCCAGGAGGCGUACCAUAUCCCACGCUGACCAACUCAGAGCUGUAUCGACUGCUCAGUACAGGUUAUCGCAUGGAAAGGCCUGACAUGUGCACCGAUGACGUGUACGUUUCUUGA